AUGUCCACUUCCAGCAACGCGCCCGGCGCGCAAUUCGAGCACCGUCAGACGUACGACUCGUCCGACUUUACCCCCAACAAGUCCAAGUCACUCCCGCUCUUGCCUGCGCGCCAGGCCCUCGUAGACGACAUCCUGGCGCUAUAUUCGUGCCACCCGACCGUCGAGCGCAUCAAGCGCUACACGCCCGACGCCGUCUACGACGACCAGUUUGGCUACUGCGACAACCGCUACAAGAUUGCCGCCCAGUGGUUCGGCCUCCCGAAAAUCUUUACAGCCAGCGAGAACACCGGCUACGAGGUGGUGCGCGACGACCCGCUCCUGAUCCAGUUCAAGAGCCAGCACAAGUGGACGUUUCCCGUCCUGCCCAAGACGGUGACGCUCAACUCGAUGCUGUCGCUGAGCCUGGACCCUGAGACGGCGGAGAGCGACUUUAUCCGCGUCAAGUACCACAAGGACCAGGCCAACGAGAAGGACUACAGCCAUGAUGGCAUCGGCUUCAACUUGAGAAAGUGGCAGGCUGAUCAGCUACCCAAGUACCUCAAUGACGAGGAGCUCAAACAGUUUGAGGCAGACAAAAAUGUGCCUCCCCAAAAGCCGAUGGAGCCAUAA